GGUGGCAUUGUCACCGCUGGGGCACGGGGACACCCUGAGGGACAUUGGGGACCUUGGGGACAUCCCCGUGUCCUUCCCUUGGGGACCCCCAGGCCACCCUGACAUCCCCUGUCCUGUUUUGGGGCACCACAAUGUCCCUGCUGUCCCCACAGUGACCAAAACAGGAUCCCAGUGUCCCCUAGUGUCCCCAGCAGGACAUCAGGAGACAUUUGCACCCUGCUGGGGACAUGGGGGAGGGGCAUCAAGGCCUGUUGGGGACACUCAGGGGACAUCAGGGUCCCGUUGGGGACACUUGGGGGAUAUUUGGGCUCUGUUGGGGGCCCUGAGGAAAUGCUGGGGACAUUGGGCUCCUGUUGGGGACAUCAGGGAAGACAUUGAGGCCCUGUUGGGGACACUGAGGGGAUACUGGGGGUCUCUUGGGGGACAACAGGGCCCUGUUGGGGACACUGAGGGGACAUCAGGGUCCUGUUGGAGAUACUCAGGGGACACUGGGGCCAUGUGGGGACCCUGAGGGGACAUCGGGGUGCCGUGGGGGCCAUCAGGGGGACAUCGGGCACCCGCAGAUGGGGGGGGGCGGGGCCGGGGUGGUGAUGUCACCUCUUCCUCUUUACUGCCGGCUGUGCCGCGUUCCUGCGUGUCACCCGAGUGUCCCCCAGGUGUGUCCCUGUCCUGUCCCCUGAGGCCAUGGAACCCUGUGAGCUUCUGGAGUUGCUGGUGGACGUGGUGGCCAGGCUUGGUGAGCUGGCAGCCACCGUGGCUGGGACGUACGGGGACGUGCUGCUGGGCAUGUCCCCAAGUUCCCUGCAAAAGGCCCUGGGGAUCUUCAUCGGCCACCUCCGGGACACCCUGGGCCACCCCCGUGUCACCUCCCUGGGCGAGGCCCUGGCUGCCCUCAAGGACAAACGAGGGGCUACCUGGGCCCAUGUGAGAGAUGCGGCCAGCACCUGGCGGGACUUGGUGGCCACAUUCGAAGACAGCUGGGACCGGCUGUCCAGGGAGGCCACCGAGCUCCGGGACACUUGCAGGGACACGGCCACCAGGGAGACCACCACUGCGGCCACUGCCAACACCUGGGCCGGGGACCUGCGGGUCAAGGAAAAAGGCUGGGAGAAAUCUUGGCACUGCCUGGUGGCUGAGGUCUGGCAGCUGCCACUGGUCCGGGACAAGGAGAAGAUGGCCUCGGCCAUCACUGAGUACGAUGCCCGUAUGGAGGCCGCUGCCAAUGAGGAGCAGGCGGCCACCAAGGCCAUGGAAGAGGCUGUGGUGGCCUCCAGCAUGGCGGGGGCGGCUACUAAAAGGGGCCAGCGGGCAGAGGUGGCCCUUGGCCCACUGGAGCGCUUGGUGGCUGCGUGUGACAAAGCCACCGCGUUCCCCCAGGAGCUGCUGCGCCGGCUCAGGGCCAUCCAGGCCUCCCUGGCGGGGAUGUCCCCAACAGCUGACGUCCCCAACAGCUUGGUGGCUGCGGUGGCCGAGGCCGAGCAGGUGUGGAACGCCAGCACCUGCCUGGUCAGUGAUCACCUGCUGGGAACAAUCGGGGACAUCUGCGCACUCCUCUCAAGUGUCCCUGCUGUCCCUGGUGGCCCCACUGGCCAUGCAGUGGCCAUGCAGUGCCAAAAAGCUGUCGAGGCCAUCCCGAAGCUGCUGCGGGGACAGUGA